AUGAGGAAACCCACGGUAGUGGAAUCUACAGCUGUUGCAAAGCCCGAUGCCAAGGGCCCCAAGUCCGAUGUCGCCGAAGUAUCUAAGAAGGAAGACGUUUCACAGCCGGAGCCCACGACAGGGCCGAGCAAGCGGCAGCACCCAGGGAAAUUAGACAUCAAUGCCGCAACGCAGAGCACGAUAAAGGAGAGUGCAUCAGACUCAGCCAAGGCAGAUACGCCUGCCACAAAGGGUGCAGUCAUGUCGGCCACACCCUCAGUCCUUUCACGACCUACGACUCCAGCAGCGAUAGCUACCGGGUCACCGAUGAAGCGUACAACGGCACCUCGGACGCUUCGCGUGCUACCCACGCCGACGCCGAAGACUGAGGCGCCGCCUCCACUGUCCUCCGCCUCUGCUCAACAGCCCCCUUUGCCGGCCGUGAUAUCGACAAGGCUGCCUUCCCGACAACCGAGUAUUGCGUCCGUCAACCUGCCCGGCACGCCCGCGAGCGAGCUAAUCUCAGAUAACGCGUCAGUCACUUCUGCUUCAGUCUCUCGUGCGAGCUCGCCUCCGCCCAUGCUAGGAGGGAGAGUUGGCUCAGCGCCCAUCAGGAAGAAGACAAAAAGCCAAGCGAAGAAAGAUCGGCAAGAACGGGCAAAACAGAUUCAAGAAGAGAAAGACAAAGAGCUCGCCGAAACUGCUGAGACUCCGGUUGAAGAGGAAGUAGAGCACGCGCCGAUCAUAGGCCGCAAGAAGAAGGCUAAGAAGCCUGCAACGAGCCGAGGUGGAACGGCGACCAACACACCAGAUAUCAGCCGACCAGCUUCGCCAGGUCUUGUAGAGAGGGACGAGGGACUCCUAGAGACCACAGAGAAGGCUACAACUGAGCUGCCUACACCUCCUCCCGCUAAGGUCGCUCUUAGAAAGGAGUCGCCCGCGAAGGAAGCGCCUCCAGUAGCCACGGAGGACAAGGACAGGCCCGCCGAGAAAUCAGUCCAGACAGCCGCCUCCGUCUUGACAUCUCUCCAAGCCUCAGGCGAACUGCUGGCUGCAACCGUAGAAGCCAUGUUCAAGACCCCCGUCGCCGGUGUCCUCCAAUCCUCGCCCCAGCGCCGACCACCCGGCCCAUCCGGUCGUGACAGUAACGCCCACAACAACGUAAACCUCCUAGCCAGCUUCGCCGAGCCCAUGCCUCCACUAUCCGAACCCGACAUGGUCCGCCUCGCCGCCGGUAUCCCCGUCCGUCUCAACCAAAAAGGCCCACGAAGUCUCCGCACCCUUAUAACCCCGGGCGGCAAAAUCCUACGCGCCCUAAGCGAGGACGAAGAAAACCGGUUCUUGGAGCUCGAGCGUAGUGUCAAAGCCUCAAUCCACGACAUCGGCCACUUCAACCCCUCCUCCCGGAACGGUGGCGAUCCGCUCAAUGUAGCGCUGGACAAAGCAUCCCGACAUCCUCGCGGUUUCAGCGCCGCCGUCGAAUCCCUCGCUUCCGCUCUCGGUGACGCCGCGCUCGGCUUCGGCGGCGACGCAGACAAGCGCCGCGAUAACGCUGCUCUGGCGCAGGCGGCGCUCGACCAGGCGACGGCCAACAAGUUCGAGGAUGAUGCAAUGGCGUAUGUGAACCAGUUCGUGCUGCCCACACUGCCGAGUCAGGCGCCGCCCACCUCCUCCGUACGGGCUGACAACCCCGUUCUUCCGCCUGUGGGGGGAGUUGCGAGUGGUGGGUACCAUGCACCGGCUGCGGCGGAUAACGGCGCAGGGCAGAGUGCCUUUCUGGACCAGGCGGGCUUCGGGCUGCAGGUUAGUGUUGCGGGGCAGGGGGAGGGCCACUGGGGUGGGGGGCCAGUGUUGAGUGUGGCUGAGGCGGAGGCGGCGCUGGGGGGUAGCAGGAGGGAGGCGGAGAAGUUGGAGAAGCAGCUUAAUGCGCUUAUUAAGAAGAACCGGCGGUUGGUUUUUGGGGGACAUUGA